UGACUUGGAUUGUUGUAAACCAAGCAUUUUCUCGUUCGAGUCGUAAAAAAAAAUUUUGUUUUCUUCAUUCUGAUCGUGUGAGCUUUGAUUUUUCGUUUCUACGGUUUCUGUUUUUCACGCUUUAUUUUCUGCCAAUUUGCGGUCAACAUCUUUAAUUUCCUCAAUUUCUUAUCAAAUCGGUCGUAAUGUCUUCACGAGAAGGUGGUAAAAAGAAACCAUUGAAAGCUCCCAAGAAGGGACCUAAGGAAUUGGACGAUGAGGAUGUCAAAUUCAAAGAGAAGCAAAAAGAAGAGCAGAAAAAAUUAGCCGAAAUUAAAGCUAAAGCCACUCAAAAGGGGCCUUUAGUAGGAGGAGGUAUUAAAAAGUCUGGUAAAAAAUGAGAACUGCAUUUUGAUCGAUUACGUUCUUGAUUAUUUAUAAUUUUCGUUGAUUUAUUUUAAGUUUCAUUUUUUCUAAGGCCAAGUAUUUUAAUUUUUCUAUUCUACUUUUGCCAUCUUUACAGUUGUUCUAUAAUGUAAAAUUUUGUCGAUUCUACUUUAAUAUAAACCUACUACUUAUUGAAAAUCAAUGCAGUUCAAUUUGUUUCAUGCCUUGUGUUUUGGUUCAGUUUUCUUUUUAUCAUGUAGAGUAGAUGUAAAUUUUUCAAGACGACAUGUACUUUAGAGUAUCAUUACUUUGUAAUAUUUUCAUAAGAUGCGUAAAUUCUCAACAAAAAAAUAAUAAUAUUUUCGAGUUUUUCAUUUAA